AUGCACUGUCUGCAACAAGUACGUAAGGUAGAGGUGUUACUUUCAGCGGUCACUGACGACAUAGAAGAAAUAGAAGAUAACCGUGAUUUAGAUGCCUCUGAAGAUAGUAAACAGGAUGAUGAAGAAUCAGUUCAAUUUAAAAGACCAAAACCUCUUCCUAAAAAACGUGCUAAAAAUAUUGAUAUAGAAAAUAAAAUGAACGAAGCAUACGACUAUAUAAAACAAAUGACUCAAAAACCCCAAAUCCCGCAAGAUGAAUGUUCAUUAUACACACAAUUAUUGUGCAAAAAAUUGAGAGGCUUACCAGAAAAUACACGUGAAAUAGCGAUGUUGGAAAUUGAUAGAUUGAUUUUCAAUCUGAAGCAAAAAGAACUAUCGUCAAACCCACAUGCACAAAUACUAAUCAACCCACCACAGCCCACGAAUUUUGGACAUUCCGGCAAUCUCUACUAUCAGCCAUCCACAUCCUACCAUCCAUAUCCUUCUCCACAGCAAUCCCCAACCUAUCAUCCAUCGCCUUCUUCACAGUCAUCCCCAAACUAUCAUCCAUCGCCUUCUCCACAGCAAUCCCCAACCUAUCAUCCAUCGCCUUCUUCACAGUCAUCCCAAACUAUCAUCCAUCGCCUUCUCCACAGCCAUCCCCAACCUAUCAUCCAUCGCCUCCUUCACAGCCAUCCCCAACCUAUCAUUCAUUAUCUUCUCGACAGCCAUCCCCAAACUAUCCAUCUCCACAGCUGUCGCAAGUCGAAACAUCAGCUUCGCAAAGUCUAUUAA